GAAGGGGGAGGUAGUGAGGGAGGGGGAGGAGUUAAGUACGGCGUGAGGUGUGGUGUCCCUAUAAACCGUCAACAAUGUCCAGCAGCAAUAAGAGAAUACUUUACGUGGGUGGGUUGGCAGAUGAAGUGACAGAGGAUGUCCUGAGGUCUGCCUUCACCCCAUUUGGAGAUGUUGUCGAUAUACAGAUUCCUCUUGAUUAUGAGACAGAGAAACACAGAGGUUUUGCCUUUAUUGAGUUUGAGUUGCCAGAAGAUGCUAUUGCUGCAAUUGAUAAUAUGAAUGAGAGUGAAUUGUUUGGCCGUACAAUACGUGUAAAUCUGGCAAAGCCUCAGAAAGCUAAGGAAGGCUCAUCACGUGCUGUUUGGGCUGAUGAUGAAUGGUUAAAUAAAUAUGCUGGUGCAACACUGGAAGGCGAAGGUGGAGAAGGAGAGAAUGAAGUUUCAGAAGGUGCCAAACAACCUACAGAAGGUGUCAAGCGAGCUUCAGAAGAAACAGUGAGUGUGAAUAGUCUUGUUUUUUAUUCUUGCAACAAGUUAAUCAUUUCACUUAGCACAUUUUGUAUAUUGUAUGUAUUUCAGAAUUUCCGUUGUCUGUGUACUCAUGAAAAGGGCUAUGGCUACCAGGGAUCCACAUUUCACCGUAUUAUUCCUGGUUUCAUGUGCCAAGGGGGAGAUUUUACGAACCAUAAUGGAACCGGUGGACGAUCUAUUUAUGGUGCAAAGUUUGAAGAUGAAAAUUUCAAAUUGCGGCAUACAGGUCCAGGAAUACUUUCUAUGGCAAAUUCAGGUGCUAACAGUAAUGGCUCUCAGUUCUUCCUCACUACUGAGCGCACAGAAUGGCUAGACAAUAAGCAUGUUGUAUUUGGACAAGUUGUCACUGGCUUAGAUGUAAUAAGAAAAAUGGAGAAGUGUGGAACAAAGGCAGGAAAACCAACGGAAAAGGUCAUCAUUUCUAACUGUGGCGAGCUUGUUUAACUAAACCACUACAAUGAAAGACCUUCGAUGCAUUAACUGUAUAAUUUUUUUUUUAACGUCGGCCAUCUCCCACCGAGGCAGGGUGACCCAAAAAAGAAAGAAAACUGUAUAAAUGUCAAGCAGUAUAUAAUAAAAUUACUACACACAA